UAUACAAAACCAUUGGGUAGGGUGUGUUCACGUUAAGCUUCCAUAGCUGAGAAAGAAAGAGAGAGAAGGAUAACAAUUCUCGGCACCAUGGCAGGGCCUUCUUUCUAUGCCUCCUGUCUUUCCUCCUCCAGCAAUUUGGGGACAUCUUGGUUGGUAUUAAAAACUCACAAUGCAAGGGCCGUGCCAGGGAAACUACGCUGGAGGAGCGGUCUUACAAUAAAAGCAGAAGUGAAGUUUGUUAAUGCUGAACAAGCAAAGGAGCUUGUAACAGUUGAUGGAUAUACUGUUCUAGAUGUACGCGACAAAACUCAGUUUGAGAGAGCUCACAUAAAAUCCUGCUAUCAUGUGCCUCUCUUUGUUGAAAAUCAAGACAAUGAUCCUGGUACCAUUGUAAAAAGGACUCUGCACAAUAAUUUCUCUGGGUUGUUCUUUGGUUUACCAUUCACCAAGCCGAAUCCUAAUUUUGUACAAACGGUCAAGAGUCAGUUUUCGCCCGAAACUAAACUUCUGGUUGUAUGUCAGGAAGGACUGAGGUCUGCCGCAGCUGCAAAUAAACUAGAGCAGGCCGGUUUCUCAAAUGUAGCAUGCAUAACAUCUGGCCUUCAAACUGUAAAACCAGGUACAUUUGAUUCUGUGGGAUCCAAGGACUUGCAAGAUGCCGGCAAAGCUGGUUUGGUGACAAUCCAAGGGAAAAUCUCAACUGUAUUGGGAACAAUUCUUGUUUGUGCAUAUUUGUUCAUUACCUUCUUUCCUGACCAAGCUGAGAAGAUAUUCCAACUGGUCCCUGCAGGCUAAGCCUAAAAUUUACAUUAGAACACAUUAUUUACCAAUUUUGGUUACCCAUUUCUUUAUGCAGCAGCAAUGUAGCAUAACUGACCAAUGUGAAACUAGAGUGAAGGAAUUUAGAAUCAUGAGAUGUGAAGUGUGAAACUCAGCAAGGCAUAAACCAAAUUGUGUGUCCUUCGUUGUAGUAUACUCACUGUGGUGUUCCUUGCAUAGAUUGCCUUCAUCUAUAUUAUUCUGCUGUACAAGAUAGCCUCCUUUUUUUUUUUUGUCUAGUUUUCUAUGUCUUGUACUAAAGAUAGUCUGCGUCAUAUCUAUGUGGAUACUAUCUUAGUAUAUUAUGAGAUUUUGCUAUGAGAACGAGAGCA